AUGUCUUGCAAUUAUGCCGACGGUUUAUCGCCUUAUGAAAACAAAGGCAUUUUAGGAGUCCCAGAAAAAUUUGAUUCCAUAGAUAAAUUUAUUAAGAAGUGCGAGUUAUUGGCGCAAUUUAUAAAUCAAGCAAAGCAUGUUGUUGUACAUACCGGUGCCGGGAUUAGCACUUCAGCUGGAAUACCGGAUUUCAGGGGCCCAAAUGGAGUAUGGACACUAGAAAGAGAAGGCAAGAGACCUAGUAUAAAUAUUUCAUUUGCGGAUGCUCUUCCGACUAAAACCCACAUGAUACUUAAAAAACUGGUGGAAUGUAAUAAAGUUCAUUAUAUUGUAAGCCAAAACAUUGACGGUCUGCAUCUAAAAUCAGGUUUACCAAGGAAAUAUCUCUCAGAAUUGCAUGGUAACAUGUUUAUUGAUGAGUGCAAUUUGUGUAAAAGGCAGUUUGUAAGACAUUCUCCAGUAGAAACUGUGGGCAAAAAGUGCAGUGGCAUACCAUGUGCUGCUGAGCAUGUGACAGGCAGACCUUGCAGGGGUAGACUAUAUGAUGGAGUGCUGGACUGGGAGCAUAGUCUACCUGAAAAUGACUUACUGAUGUCAGAGUGGCAUUCUAGUAUUGCAGAUUUAAGCAUAUGCUUAGGAACUACGCUGCAAAUAGUACCCAGUGGUAAUCUACCUAUUGAAACAGUGAAAUAUGGAGGAAAUCUAGUCAUUUGUAAUUUGCAACCUACAAAACAUGACAAUAAGGCUGACCUAAUAAUAAACUACUAUGUAGAUGAUAUUCUUGAAAAAGUUAUGGAGAUUCUGGGUUUAGACAUACCAACAUAUUGUGAAAACGACAAUCCCAUCAAGCGGGCAGACUCCACCAUCAUAGAUUGGACUAUUGACAGACGAGAUGUAGUACAGCUAGAAAAAUUAUUUAAAUCAAAAUGCAAAGGUGUAAAGAAAAAAAGAAAUUUGGUGAAAAGUAAAAGAAACAGUAGUGAUUUAAUUUUAUUAAAUGGUGUAUGUGAUAAAUCUAAAAUUGUUAAACGGGACAUUAAAGAAGAAAAUGUUAUUAAUGAAGACAUAAAGAUUGAACCUGUUGAGAAUACAAGUGAAACUCUUUAG